AUCAUUAUAUAAUCAAACCAAAUAGUUAAAAUUAUUUAAAAUCCCAUCCCUCAAUUAAUAUUCUCCCUAUGUAUAGGCCUCCACUUGGUUCAACCAAACACACCCUUCAGCGCAAAAUAUAGUAAGAGAUGGAGGGUCAAAAACGACAAUUCACAUUUCCAAUUGAUAUUGUGCCCCAAAAUUAGCCAAAGGCAAUGCUUGCUCACUCCACCCAAAAAGGGUUUUAGGUCCUCAAUAAAAAGCUAUGCAAACUCUUCUGCUGCCGGCAGCUUGCUCCGGCGUCGCGCGGCCAGCUCCGCCGUAUAACCAGACGUUUUUCGGAGCCCUACCGCGAAACCCCCUCCGCUCACUUCUCCGCUUUGGCGUCUCCGGCGAUCCUCAUUCAUCUCCUUCCUCACUGAAAUUGGUCGAUGUUUUUUCCCGUCCGUACUACAUUUUAAAUAACCGCAGCGUUAAAACCCUAGCUUCGGACCCCAUUGCCUUUGGUUAUAGCUCUCCAAAUGAUGAGCCUGACAAGGCCAAGCUCGCUCAGGUUUCAAAGAGAUUAGAGAAAACGUCGAGGUAUUUCAAGAGAUUGGGAAGUUUUGGAUUUUGGGGGCAGCUAAUCUGCACGAUUGUAGCUGCCGUGAUCCUCUCGUUUUCUAUCCUUAUAACUGGGAAGAUCACAUCUCCCGCUACCUUUUAUGCUACGGCUGGUGGCAUUGCAGCUGCAUUCAUUUCAGUCUUUUGGUCUUUCGGCUAUAUCCGGUUGUCAGAUAAACUCCGUAAAACAGCAAAUGAUCCUUCAAAGGCACCUCCUCGUGCGGAUGUCGUGAAGAGCCUGAAGAAUGGCAUAUUUGUAAAUCUAUUGGGAAUGGGUGCUGCUAUACUCGGUAUGCAAGCUACUGUUGGCUUGCUGGUGGCAAAAGCUCUCACAACUUCAGCCACUCCUUAUUAUCAGGGUAUCCCUCCUGGGAACACUCCUGUUCUUGCCUUGGAUGUGUUCUUGGUCCAGGCAUCUGCCAACACUAUACUUUCGCAUUUUCUGGGGAUCGUGUGCUCGUUGGAGCUAUUGCGUUCGGUCACGUUACCACCUACUGAACCUGUUCCCCUUCCCAAGCUUGCAUGAGUUUUUGCUUGCACAAUGUGUGGUUGAAGCACUUUGAAAUGGAGCUGUUCACAAGCCAUCUCAGUGUUUUUUUUUUUUCCCCCCUUCAAAAAUCACCAUUUGCUUUGUCUUAAGCAGGGAUAUUGUAUAACACAGUUCACUCUUUCUGGAUGAUUUUUUCCUGUGUUAAAAAUGUUGUGGUUCUAUAAAGCAACGCAUAAAAAAUCGUUCUUUAGUUAUUCAACCUCAAUUUUCCACAA